AUGGAGAAUCCUACAAUGAAGGUUCCUCGACAGUCCUUUCAUCGACGUUGCUCACAAGAUUUUUCAGGGGAGCUGUGUCAUAGAGACCCUGAACAAUGGUUCUUCUUCACGCCAAGACAAGCGAGGGAAGCCCGUGGCGGUGGAAGACCCAACCGAACCACCACUUCCGGAUACUGGAAAGCGACAGGCUCUCCUGGCUACGCCUAUUCCUCAGGGAAUCGAGUUAUCGGAAUGAAGAAAACCAUAGUGUCCUACAAAGGAAAAGCUCCUAGUGGAAGAUUGAGAGCUCUUUUAAGGCAGGAAUAUAGUUUGUGUUGUGUGUAUGUAGGAUCGGGGAGCUUGCGAGCAUUUGAUCGAAGGCCCUCAAGAGCCACAACAAGCGAGUUGACAAUGCACCUACACCAAGCAGUUGCUUCUGGCGGUGGUGGUGGUGGUGGCGGUGGAAGAUGA